AUGCUUGGUCUUUAUUCCAGCCACACUGUUCAAAAAUACCCUGCAGAUUGCAUCACAAGUGAUUCUUUUCCGUUUGGAAAUGACUCCAUUUUCGUUCGAAGCGAAUAUCGACAGUGCAAAAUGCUCAUUGGAAAAUAUAACGACUUUCCUCAACCGGGAUCGUUAACUGUACUUAGUAAUGAAACCUUUUCUUCCGCGUUUAUGUUUUCCUACAGCACAGCGAUUUUCUCUUCGUUUUACGACAAUGACGACGCAAAAGUCUUGGAUGAGGCUGAUUCCGAGGGUAACAUUAAGCUCCCGUUCUUAUCGCAUGCUGGUUCCAGAAUCUACUUUCUUGUAAUCACUGUUGAAAACACUUCCCCAUUUGAAUUAAUAUUUGAUCUGCCAGGCGCGGAAAUACCCAGCAAUAUUGAGCUCUUAGAAACAAGAAAAGCGGUGCAGAUAUUCCUCCCCGUCCUCGUCAUAUUCCUUGUGAUGUCUGUUUUCAUAUGCUGUCAUUUCCAUUCGAGUUUCCGUUGCACGAGAAAUUCACGAGGAAUACAUGCUCAGGACUCAAGUCGAAGUCAUGAAAACAACGCAACUACUAGUGCUCAAGAUUGGGCCGUUGAUCUGCCACCAGACUACGAGAACUUCUCUCAAUAUCCGGAAGCAAAGCUCGAAUCCCUUCCCCCUCAAUAUCGAGCCGAUGUCGAUCUCCCUGGAUACGAAGCUUCCAACAACGAUGCUUUCCAGCCACCAAAGUACGAAUCCAGCGCUGUUUCGCGAAACCAAACUACUUAA